ACGGAUUUUACAAACUAUUCAUAGCACCAAGGAUACUCGCCAGCUCAUCAACAGUUUAUGUCCUUUCCAGUGGUUCAUUGUUCUUAUAUUCUUUACAAAAUGAACCAAUUUUUUGGUUUUUCCUCAGUGACAAAAUGAUGUCACAAAUAUGGCACCUUUUUUCUGCAGUCUGCUGAAAUGGUACUUUCGCAUUUCUCCCAUUAAGGACCAUUAARUAUUGUUAUUUUCUUAUGUUUGUGAUAUGAAUGUCUCCUUAAACAUCAAUUGUUAGAACCUGUUGUUUUCUGUUUGUACAUCUGGCACUACACCAGCGUCUCUGGGCAUGAUUCAUCAAAAGCGCUGGCCUAUUUAAACGUUUWGAGAACAUUUUAGCUUAGUUUUUUAUGAAGCAUAAUACAGUAAUGGAUCGUCUGGGGAUUAAUUCAACAACGACUAUAAAGCUAGAUGGCUUCUGUACUCAGUGUAUGAGUUUUUUCAAGGUCAGCAACCCGAACUUUGUACUUUUAUUUGAAGGAUGGAAAAUUUCGUCAAUAACAGUUUUAGCAGGCUCGUGCUUUGGGGUAUUCCUACUAUCGAUACUAAGCGAGUUCGUUCGCUUCAAAAGAUCCAAACUACAAGUUCGUAAGAACGACCACGCACCCCUCCCUAGUGAGACUACCAAUGACGUCAAUGAGACUGGAAACCAGUCUCCAGACGAACUGAGCCAUAGUUCUGUUACUUUACAUCGAAACAAUGAUGUUUAUAAACACCAGCAAGCUUACAGCCCUUUCAGCACGCACCACGCCAUUCAAGUAAUUCUUCACGUCACGCAGUUAAUCUUGGGAUACGUGUUAAUGCUCAUCGUCAUGACCUUCAAUGUAUGGCUCGGGAUAUCUGUGGUACUCGGUUUAGGGACUGGGUAUUUUUUAUGUCAUAAUGAUUAUCUAGUAAUUCCAUCGGGAACGCAAUCAAAUAGUUCUAUUGAACUUAAUAUUGUUAAAUAGCAAUUAGCCAGCCUUAUUCGUAAAUGGCUAUACGGCUUUUUUADAGAGGUUUGAUUUCUCGCUAUGUUGUAAGCAAAAACGCAUUGAACUAUGGGAAUAAUUUGUCUCGAAGAGAUACUGCAUAUUAACGAUUUUACAACAAAACGCAAAUUCACAUUAAUGCAUUUUGAUAUCAUAUUUUAAAAAUAUUGACUUGGAAAUCAGAUAGCAGCUUAUUCAGUUUUCUAAUAUGCAUUUUUUWAAAAUCUCGACGUUUUAAGGCAAAACUAAGUAGUACAUUGAUAAGAUUUAUUGGCCUCCUUUGAGGAGCAGAUACAUUUGUGUGAGUUCAGACUGGGUCUUGGACGAACACAGAAACAAAGCAACAUUAACAACAACACCACCAACAACAAAACAAGGCAGUCACACAAAAUAGUUGCCAGCAAGUCACUUCGAAACGAAAACAUAUAAACAGAGAAAAUAUCUCAACCAUCAGUUUACGUUUUUUAGUUUACAAUAAGCUUUUGUAAAUUUAAUUUUUACUGGGUAAUUAAUAUUCAACAUUAUAUUUUAGUUUUUGAAAUUUAGGUAUUAUAAGCAAUUCAAAGAGGGUUAUCACAUUAUUUUUCUUAAUUGAGAAGGGUUAUAAAUUUCGGAAUAAAUAAAUUGUUCUAC